AUUUACGUCAUUUAGGAUAGUAGGACGGACACCCCUAUACAUCAUCGUCCAUUCAUCUUGUGCAUAGAGUGAACACUUAGACCACCACGUUAUGUACCGUGUAGUCCUACAUUGUUGGAACGAGCACCAGCUGGAAGGCUAUGUACGUCUUCUUAGAAGUCGUCGACCGUCAAAGAAAAACGUGAUAAGGUCUACCCUUCAAGCUAUUCAAUCAAAGGUCCUCAAUCUAAAAUUAUUGACCUGCUCUGUCGCUGUGGUCCUAAGUACAGCAAAUUUCUAUUUUGUUCUCAAGAUCCUAAAAAACAAACGUUUCAAUGCAACCGUGUUCCGAAACGCUAUUUCUAACGGACGACCUAGUUUGACAAAACUAUCAACGUCGCGACAAGAGCCAAAACAGCUGCGAAAUAAAGCAUGUUCAAGCAGAUCGCCAGCGAAAAUCUGGUUUUUGGCUAUGUGGCCACAAAUGUACUUCAAAAGCUCGGUGUGCUCUCUGGACAGCAUAGGAAGAAUAAGUUCUUGAUACAACAUCGAAGUGGCAGGUGGAGAAUGGCGAUCGAUUGGGGAACAUAGCCGUAUUUUAAGAACUUGUCUUCGACUCCACGCUUCAUAUUUCAAUUUGUCAACUAGAUCACAAGUCUCACAUAACCCACGAAUAAUCACACGA